AUGCAUGUGAGUGUCGCCGCUGGUGCGUUGCUGGCGCCAGCGGUGGCCGACGGCUUCGCGGCCGCGGCGUGGGGCCUCUUCGACUCAUGCGCCUUCACGCACGACCGCAUGUUUGAGGCCUCGCUCGCGGUGAGCUGCUUUGUGGCCUUUAUCCUCUUCUUCGAGAGCAUACACUUGGUGGUCGACCCGCGUGUGUACCGGCUCGACGGGGCGGCGCCGAAGCGGCCUCUCCGCGGCUUCACCACACAGUGGUGGAAGACGGUCGUGCCCGCCUUGACGUACCUCGGAUCGAUCUACGUCUACCACGAGCUCAGCCUCGGCCAGCUGCUGUGCGGCUCCUCCUCCGACGCACAUCUCCGGGCGCGAGCCUCGCCCGGAGCGCGCCGCUGGCGCAAGAUGCACGCGCGCCACCACGUGUGGGGCUCCACCGAGGCGGCGGCGCACAACGCCGUCGAGACGGUGCAGAACUCGUACCUGGACGCGGGCGUGCAGGUGUUCAUCAACAUCUUCGUGCAGCACCUCUCUCCCUGGGGCUUCAAGCACCCACUCUCGCGCGCGCUGCACAACGUGAUGGUGGUCUACCUCCUGUGCGAGUCCCACUCCGGCUACGACCUGCCCUUCAUGUCGCACCGCCUCUUCCCGGGCCUCUUCGGCGGGCCCGUGGCGCACGAGCAGCACCACCAGCAAGGCAACGUCAACUUCCACCAGUUCUUCCUCUGGGCCGACCGGAUCCUCGGCCACACCCCCACCGCCGAGCAGAACCGAAAGCACCGCGAGGCGCUGGCUGCCGUCGGUGCUGCGCAGGACUCUGCGCGCCAGCAGCAGGCUGCUGCAGAGGUUGUGCGUUAGCAGCGCUCCCGUAGGCCCGGAACGGCGGAGUAGCUCGAGGAGUAGCAGUCCACUGUGCAUGCAUGCAUGUUGCAAUCGUGCUCCCUGGCAUGCAUGACUGGUUGUUCGGCCCGACCCCACACUACCGCAUGGUGUUGCUGCAUGCGCGACGCGGGCAGUACCCCCGAAGUACACGUCGGUGUCGCAUGUCGGUGACCGGACACUACGUUGAU